AUGGUGCUCCUACCAAAAAGACUGUUUUUCUGUGUUGUUUUGAACGAAAUAGUAGCGGCCGCCCGACUAACAUUAUCAAGCAUUACUGAAGAGGCUCAUGCAGCACAGGAUGCCCCGAUUAUCGUACCGUCAAAUGUUGACCUAGGAGGAUCUAGCAGUGUCAUCGCAAUUAGCAAGCCCACAAGACCAGGCGCACAAAAACAACUCGUUGAAAAGGACUAUGGUAUUAUUCCGGACGGAUUACCUGAAAGGAAAGAUCAAGUCACUCGAGCCAAAGAUCGAUGA